CCAACAGGACCAGCCCGCUGCUCAGGCAGCCCAGUGUGUGUGUAGUAAGAGCGAUAUCGGGGGCCGUGCAGAUUGUUCUGAGGAAAGUUGAUGGAACGUUUCGGAUCCUAGCGAAUCAUUAAAACGCAACAAAACUUCGUAUUGUUGGCUACACGAGGAUUCAUACUGACAAGACAUUAGCUGCAUUUAUAUUCAAACUUUUUAAAGUGUCAAUGGGCUGACGACCUAAGCUAGCUAGCGUAACGAAUGGGCUAGCUAACUAAAGGUUUGGAGAGCGAUUAAACUAACGUUAGCUAAACUUGCCAGCUAAAAGUUAGAUGAAAACGUAACUCGGCUACCAACAAUGAUAUAGCUACUACUGUUGGCGUAUGUUUCUGGUGUUAAACCCAAGUUUAUUUCGACUGAAUGUGCAGGUAACGUUACUAUUUUGCCACUUAAACUUCAUAGCCUGCUAGAUAAUUCAGGAGCUAACGUUAGCACAGCUACUGUAGGUAUGUUUUUUUUUUAGUUACUAAACUAGCUAGCAGUAAUUGGGGGUUAUUUUUCACUGUCCGUAGUGGAACUGGGUCAACGUCCACGUACACCCUGAUAAGUAGGUAGCUACAUAAAUGUGCCUUUUUCUUUAAAACUAGCGUAACUUUAUAGGUGACUAGCUAGCUAGUCUUAACACUAACUAGGUAAUGUUACUAGCUAACUUAAUGAAUAGUUACGUUUCAGAAGUUGAUCCACAACUAAACUUGACCAGAGUGGCGACGUGGAGGAAAGUGGCAAACGUGUCUUACCAGGACAUUGGAAUACCAUGUUGGGACCGUCUUGACCAUUUGUGAAAUCGUUCUGAACGAUUCACGAGCAUUCCAAUGAGUGUAGAGGUCGUUUGAUUUUGCAGCUGCUUUGCACCCUAUGGUUCUGCUACAGACACCGAGAAAUGGAUGUUUCCAAGGCUGGUUUCCCAAACGAUGAGGGGCGACCGAAAGACACUGGAGAGCAUGACUGGACAGAUUCCCCCAACGCAAGAGCUUGGGCUCAUUCUGCUCCUCUUUCCCGGUCGCUGUGGACGGCUGUGUUUGACUAUGGAAGUACUGGAGAAGACGAACUUAGUCUGCGGCGGGGGGACGUGGUUGAGGUCCUCUCGAAGGAUGCUGCGAUCUCGGGAGAUGAAGGAUGGUGGACGGGUAAAAUUCACCACCGAGUUGGGAUUUUCCCUGCGAAUUAUGUUACUUAUCAACCUGCAAUUUACAGACUUCCUGACGGUAGCACUGUAGGGGUGCGGGAGCGUCCGAGUACUCCCGUGCAAAUAGAUUUUAGUGAACUCGUUUUAGAGGAAAUAAUUGGUGUCGGGGGAUUCGGUAAAGUUUACCGAGGGGCAUGGAAGGACCAAGAGGUUGCUGUAAAGGCAGCCCGACAGGAUCCUGACGAAGACAUUACUGCAACUUCGGAUGGUGUUAAACAAGAGGCCAAGCUCUUCUCCAUGCUACAACAUCCCAAUAUAAUAAAACUUGAAGGUGUCUGUCUUGAGGAGCCAAACCUUUGCUUGGUGAUGGAAUAUGCUCGUGGAGGGACUCUUAACCGGGCUUUGACAGGCCGGAGGAUACCCCCACACAUUCUUGUCAACUGGGCUGUUCAAAUCGCCAGGGGCAUGCACUACUUACACGAGGAGGCUGUUGUGCCCAUUAUUCACCGUGACCUGAAAUCCUGUAACAUUUUGUUGCUUGAAAAAAUUGAGAACGAUGACAUUGGAAGGAAGACUUUGAAGAUCACAGACUUUGGCCUAGCCAGAGAGUGGCACAACACCACCAAGAUGAGUGCUGCUGGCACGUACUCAUGGAUGGCCCCCGAAGUCAUCAAGUCCUCCCUCUUCUCCAAAGGCAGCGAUGUCUGGAGUUAUGGGGUCCUGUUAUGGGAGUUGCUGACAGGAGAGGUACCUUACCGUGGGAUUGAUGGGCUGGCUGUGGCCUAUGGUGUGGCUGUCAACAAGUUAACCCUCCCUAUUCCAUCCACCUGCCCAGAACCCUUCGCCAAGCUCAUGGAAGAGUGCUGGGAGCAGGACCCCCACAUCCGGCCGUCGUUUGCCUCCAUCCUGGAGCAGCUGACAGCCAUAGAGGAGGCGGUGAUGGCCACUAUGCCCCAAGACUCCUUCCACUCCAUGCAGGAGGACUGGAGGGUGGAGAUCCAGGAGAUGUUUGACGAGCUCAGGACAAAGGAGAAGGAGCUGCGUUCGCGUGAGGAGGAGCUGACGCGUGCGGCGCUGCAGCAGAAGUCCCACGAGGAGCUGCUGAAGAGGAGGGAGCAGCAGCUGGCGGAGCGGGAGAUCAACGUGCUGGAGAGGGAACUCAACAUCCUCAUCUUCCAGCUCAACAAGGACAAGCCCAACGUCAAGAAGAGGAAGGGCAAGUUCAAACGCAGCCGCCUCAAACUCAAGGACGGCAACCGCAUCAGCCUGCCGUCAGAUUUCCAGCACAAGAUCACGGUUCAGGCGUCACCCUCCAUGGACAAGAGGAGGAGUCUGAACAGCUCCAGCCCCCCCAGCAGCCCCACACUCAUACCCCGCCUCCGGGCCAUCCAGUUGUGUGCCCGCAUUGACAGUAUUCGAAGGGGCAGUAUGUAUGUGUAUCACCAGGAUGUGGAUAUCACCAGUGAGUGCCAGCCCUCUACUGGGUUUAGGAAGAAAGUGACUCUGGACGAGAGCAACAGGACAUGGGGACGAAGCCCCAUCUACAAGCCGGAGGAGUUUGAUGACGUCAAGAAGGGGAUUAAGAAGAAGGGGCGAACGUGGGGACCGAGCUCCGUUCAGACCAAGGAGCGGGGAAACUGUGCUGAAAGAGUGAGGCCACUGUCUGAUGGAAACAACCCCUGGUCCACCAGUCUGGUGAAGUCCCAGAAGUCCGUUCCAUUGGCUGCAUUGUUUGCAGAGCAGCAAGGGACCAAUAAAGAUGAGAUAUGCUCACCAGAUAGCUCGGACAACAGCAAACCAAAGCAACUGAAGUUCCCCAAUCAGUUCUACAUCGAUCUACCUCUGUGGAAGGAUGAGCAGCAGCAGGGGGGUGAGGGGACGGCAGGAGGCUGCCCUGGGGAAGGCCUGGAGGACCCCAGCACCACCUCAGCCAGCUCCACCAGCACCACCCCCCAGCACACCCCCACCAACAGUCUGAAGAGGGCCUCAGCUCGCCGCCGGACAGAUACCGUGCUUUACGUCUGUGCCUCAAUGCUGGCCUCGGUGGGGCUGGGCUUCGACCUGCGUGACACGCUCAAGGCCCCACCGGGAGACGACCCUGAGCCCCAGCCCAGCGUGGAGAAGAAGAAGAAAGAGGGUCUGUUUCAGCGCGCCACACGCUUCCGCCGCAGCACCAGCCCCCCUUGUGGCCGUUCCUCUCGCAAGGAGGAAGCAGCCUUAUCCUUGUCGGCGGGCUCCCAAGGCCCUGUCAACCUCAUCUCCAUGUCCUCCAUCUCAGAGUGCAACUCCACCAAGUGCCUCCUGCAGUCGGACGUGGAGGGGCCUGAGCCCAUCCCUGUGAAGGAGGUAGACCCCAGAGCACAGCCCAACAGCGGCUCCCAGCCACAGGGUCCGGGCAGCAGGACUCAAGCUGAGGUCGAGCACCUCCCCCAGCCUGCAGCCCCAGAGCAGACUCCGCCUCAAAGCAUGGGCUCCAUCCUCCGAAGGAAGAACUCGUCUGUCGUUCAGGACACUAAUGGUACAUCUGGCUGUCACACGACCUCGUCAGGACAAUGUUCCACCACGACCUCUCGGGAGGAGACCCCUGAGAGAGCAGCCAGUGGGGAGACUGUUGCUUCCAGACCCCGGCCUUUGUCCCUCCGUGGCAAACCCCACUCCUGGGGUCUCUUGAGGGGCCAAAACAAGAGCUACUCCCUGGGCCACUACUCUGGUGAGAAGAGCGCCAGGAGCCUCAACAUCGUCCUCUCUUCCGCUGAGGUCAAGAUGGACUGCUCUCUGCUUGACAUGGACACGGAGGGGCAGAAACGUGACUGCACCGUGCCCCUCUGCCGAAUUCAGAGCAGCCCCAGCCGCCCCUCCGUCUUCGAACUAGAGAAAAAGUUCUUGUCAUAGCAGAUAUAAGCUGCCUUAUUACCAGGGUACCAGAGCAGAAUCUUUAACGUUUGAGUUGGAUCAACAACUCUUAUUUGACAUUCCAGGGCAUUCCACUGCCCUCAUGUUUUUUAACCUGAAUGUGGGCCACUGCUGCUUGAUGAUACCUGUGCUUUUUGAUUUAUAUCUGUAAUAUUUUGAUAGGUAAUUUAAUAUUGGGGGAAAAAACAUAUUUCAAUAGCAUCAGGUUGAUUGAACACAUUCCAUUUUUUGUUGCAAAAAUGGUGCCAUUUCUGCACACACACUGGUUUGGAACGUGGCAUCAAGUUAGAAAAUGAUGCGUACUUUAAAAUGUCAAACAAUGUUCAUUUGCUUUUGUCUAUAAAUAUAUUUUUCUCCAAUUUGA